UUCUUUUAUGUUUUAUGGUGUUUUCUUGUGUACGUUGAUGUAAGCAGUGAGAAACGGAAGGAUACAAAAAAUUGCUUCGACAGCGUAACUGUAGGAUUAGGUGAUUUAUAUCAUUGUAAGCGAAUAAAACGAAUAGCGAAGAUGGUGAAUGAUAGCUAUAGUUCUUUGAUGGUGGCAGCUUCGGCUGCUGCAGGUGGCCAUUUUAACACUACUGUCCUGUCCACCACUAAUUCGAUGACAUCUGGGUUGCCUCCGGAGGAUGACAGAGAAUUCGAUGAGAUGGUGUCUAGAAUUGUGGUAAUCUUUUUCGGACUUAUCGGAAUAACUGGUUUGCUGGGAAAUGCCCUGGUGGUACUGGUGGUGCUUUCUAAUCCAAUGAUGAGAUCAACGACCAAUUUACUGAUCAUCAAUCUGGCCGUAGCAGACCUUCUGUUUGUAAUAUUCUGCAUACCGUUCACUGCGAGCGACUAUGUGUUUCCAUCGUGGCCAUUUGGAGACCUUUGGUGCAAAACUGUUCAAUAUUUGAUAGUGGUGACGGCACAUGCUAGCAUCUACACUUUAGUGCUGAUGUCUCUGGAUCGAUUUAUGGCGGUGGUGCAUCCUAUAGCUAGUAUGGUGAUAAGAACUGAGAAAAAUACCCUCUGGGCCAUCACAAUCCUGUGGGUGCUGAUCAUCACAACGGCGCUACCGGUGUCAUUCGCUCAUGGAAUCAAUAAAACCCCGUACAAAAACGAAGUCCUCGACUUGUGUUCGUUCCUCGAUAACGAACAGUUUUCCCGUGCUGCCUUUCACAUCGCAUUCUUCUCCAGCUCCUACGUCGUUCCGCUGGUGCUGAUUAGCGUCCUGUACAUGUGCAUGCUAUCGCGACUGUGGCGGAGUUCCGUCGGAGGACGUUCCGCCGAGUCCAAAAAGAGUAAAAAACGCGUAACCCGGCUAGUUGUGGUCGUCGUCGCUGCCUUCGCCUCGCUGUGGUUUCCCAUACAGGUGAUACUGGUGCUAAAAAGCGUCGGGGUGUUUGUACCGGAUACGUCAUUCAAGAUAUCACUACAGAUCGUCUCCCACGUGCUGGCGUACACGAGUUCCUGCAUCAAUCCGCUGCUGUAUGCGUUUUUGUCGGAGAACUUUCGGAAAGCGUUUCGAAAG